AUGAGUAAGACAGCCUUCGCCUCUGUGGUACUGUAUGACAUCAGAACCAACAGCAGUGGUCACACCACGGCCACACGGACAAACACAGUCAACACACACACACACCCCUCGACUCACAUACGCACGCACAGCUCAGAUAAACUGAUCUCGACGACCGGGUUUAUGGACAGCAGGACCUGCAUGUUUGCACAGGACAGGAGUCUGUCCGAAACGGCGGGUGGCCAGGACAGCUACACAGUGCACAUGCACAUGGACAGGAACCACCUUCAGCACGCCAGGUCGGAGCCUGGAGAUCUGAAUGUCAACACAAAUG